AUGGUGGCAGGCCAGCUGCUCGCCGUGGAUCAGUGGUGGCCCAACUUCGUGCCGGGCGCGGGUGGAGUGGGGAGAGUGGUGGUCUGGCUUUGGUUGUCGGGGCUACCACUGGAUUAUUGGAAGUCGAUCACCAUUCUUCGGAUUGCGGCGGCGGCGGGUAACCCGCUGGCGGUGGAUGGUAUCACAGAGCAGGGGCGGCGGUUCAGCUAUGCCAGGGUGAAGGUGGAGGUGGAUUGCUCAGCCCCUCUCAAGCCGGGGACCUUUGUGAUGGGACGAUCGAAUGGGAGUGAGGCGAGAUUCUGGCAGGGGUUUGUUUAUGAGAACCUGCCUGCUCCGUAUUCCAAGUGUGGGAGAAUCGGCCAUUUGGGGAUGGAAUGUAGGAUGUCCAUCCCAGUGAUGAUGGAGGCGGAGGAAGUGGAGCGGCGUCGGAAAGAAAAAAUGCCAGCUGAGGGAGACGCUCCGAAGAUCCCAAUGCAAGAGGAUGUGGAGGGAGCAGCGCCGGAGGAGCAAGCAGUGCUGAAUGGUGUGCCGUGCCAUUUGGCACAGGGUCACAGUGUUACAGCGAGGGCUUGGAAUGUGCUGCUAUCCGGGGACUCCAACAUUGCCAUGGCUGAUGGUGUGCAGUAG